CGGGCCGGGGCCCCGGACUGCGCGCGGCGACAGCUGCUACAGCCCGAGGAGUUUGUGUCUGAGGCUUCAGUUCGGCUCCGGCUCGGGUCGGUCCGGCUGGGAGCGCGAUGGGAGCGGCGGCCCCGGCGCUCGCCUUUUGUCUCGGGGACUCUGCUGGCGCGGUCCGCUCUGUGUCGCCCGCCUGCCCGGCUCCAGGGUCUCCCCGAGAACUGUUGGUUCGGAUCCGCUCGCCGAGCCCCCGGGAAGCCGGCCGUGCGCUCGCCGGGCCCCGCAACUCCUCGGCACCCGCGGUCGCCGGGCAGGAGCAGGGAGCGGCCGGGCGCAGCGGAACCCGCGGCCGGCGGCGGGGAAACAGGCAGCUACGCGCCUCCACCGGAGAACACACACCCCCUUCGCCCCGCCGGGGGCCGAGUGGCAGACGCGGCCGGGCUCCCGGGAACCAGUGCCCGGGGGACACUCAGGCGCUCGCGGGGCCGGGGCCGCGGGCGAGAGGCAGGGGGCCGAGGGGCGGCGGGGGGCGUCGCCCGAGGGGCGGGGGGCGCCCUACUCUGCCCUCUCGCGCUAGGCGGCGGCGGCGGCGGUGUGGUGCAUACCCCUUUAAGAAGGAGCCGCUCGAGCGCUGACGGUUGGGAUUUGAAGUUCUUCCUCCCUCUUUGGAAGUCUGGACGGAUGGGGGGGCGUUGCCAUGGCAGCGGCACCUUCCCGGCCCCUGUUCGCGAAUGCCCGGUAGGCUCUGGUCCUCUGGCUGUCAGGUGAUGGACCUUCCCUGCGCGCGGACACUUCGCCCUCUCCACCUCUCAGCCCCGUUGCGAUCCUGUCUUCCUUGCGGUGGGGACUGACUGGUUUUGCUUCAAACUUCUGGACUUGGGGCUCUUACUGUGGUGCGUGCCGGGUGGCGGGAGACGUGGGACUCCCAGCCUGGCUGUGGGCUUCCUGGCGCGCGUACUUUCCAGGGGGCACUCGUCGGCCCGGAGCCCCUGUCCAGCAGGUUUUGAGAGUAUUUUAGAAGGGCUUUAUGGACCACGGCUACGAAGAGACCUCAGUUUAUUUGAAGACUGUGAACCAGAAGAGCUGACUGACUGGUCUAUGGAUGAAAAAUGUUCAUUUUGUAACCUACAGAGAGAAGCAGUCAGUGAUUGUAUACCAUCUCUUGAUUCUUCACAGUCAACACCAACAGAGGAAUUAUCAUCUCAGGGCCAGUCCAACACUGAUAAGAUUGAAUGCCAAGCAGAAAAUUAUCUAAAUGCACUCUUUCGAAAGAAAGAUCUUCCUCAGAACUGUGAUCCUAACAUUCCCCUAGUUGCUCAGGAAUUAAUGAAAAAGAUGAUACGUCAGUUUGCAAUUGAGUACAUUUCCAAAAGUGGUAAAAUUCAAGAGAAUAGAAAUGGUUCAAUUGGACCAAAUCUCAUAUGUAAAAGUAUUCAAAUGAAUCAAGCAGAAAACUCCCUUCAGGAAGAGCAGGAAGGCCCCUUAGACCUCACUGUGAAUCGAAUGCAAGAACAAAAUACUCAGCAAGGGGAUGGAGUGUUAGAUCUCUCUACAAAGAAAACCAGCAUAAAAUCUGAAGAGUCAUCCAUAUGUGAUCCUUCUUCUGAAAAUUCAAUGGCUGGUUCAACUGUUGAUGCAAAAUCAGAGGAAGCUACUAAAAUGGAAAAAGGAAAAUCAGCAUUAAGCAAAGUUUUGGAGUCUUUGUGCAUACAUCACCAGCAACAAGUUUUGGCUAUGUUGAAAUUUCUAGUCCAGGAGCAGAAUGCUACUUCUCUUUGCUGUUGUAAUGCUUCAUGUGCUGUGUCUUCAGACUCUCAAAAGCCCCUGUUUGAAGAUGAUAUACAUGUUCUAUUCUGUAGUUGUGAAUAUAGACUGGCAGAAAGAGGGUGUUUAGAAAAUGAAAAACAAAGUACUGUUUUAGUGCCUCUGCCAGUCUGUAUUAAAGAAUUACUUUGUUUGUCUUGCCAUUCUGUAACUAUUGAACACAUUAAGACAGUAAUGAAUAGAGGGAUUGCAAACUGUUAUAAUUCUCAUAGGUGCUCUUCUCAACUGUUACCAAACAUUGACUCUACAAAAUCACCCUUUCCGAGUCCGCUUUUGUCAGGGGAAGUAUGUGCUCUUUCAAUGAGUCUUAAUGAUGUUUGUAGAUCUCGCAGUCCCUCACCCCCUCCGUUGUCACCUGUACAGACUGAAGGAUUUGAAAAAUUGAAAGAUGUCAUCUCAGAGUUUUCAACCUUAGAAAAUAACACAUUUGAAACAACUACUAACCAGCCUCCAUCUCUAACACCAGCAGAAAUAAGCAGCAAUUAUAGUGAUGAAGACGACAAAAUACAUAAAACUGAAAAGUCCAGUAACUCUGAUGCUUUGCUGUCAGAUGCCAGUAGUAAUUGUACUACAACUCAUGAAAAAGGUGAAGCUACUGUGAUUUUUCAAGAUUUAAUGGAUCGCAUUAAUGAAAAAUUAAAAUCAAUAGAAACCACAGACAUGGCAAACCUUGUAAAAUUAUCUAGCAAUGAUUAUACCGCAGCUAAUGAUUUUAAAUUGGGAGAUUUAAUAACAUCUCUCCUGCAUAACGCAAAGGCCAGUGAUUAUAGUUUUAUGGAAUUACUGAGUCAGCAUGAUAAAAAGAUAGAAAAUAAAAUUAUUCAGACAAGAUUUCAAAAGCGUCAACAAACCUUAUUUGCACUGCAUAACUCUCCUGAUUCACCUGUGAUUAGAAGGCAGUCCUUGCAGAUAAAAAGAGAACUAGCUAGUUUUGAUGAAAAUUUUGUAAGAAAAAAAUACUCUGAAAAAAACUCAAGGAAAUUGGUGCGUAAUGAUGCAUUAUUUUCAUCAGAUCAGGAAGAAUUUCCUCAUUGCCAGGAACCAUCUUUACAGAGUUCUAAAAGCUUUCAAGAUAAAAAUCAUGCAGAAACAUUUUCACCAAAUUACGCAUUACAAUCAUUGCAACUACCUUUGAAUAGUUUAGAAACUAACUUGGCUUUUAAUGAAUUUCCAGAAAACUUGAAAACAACUUCUCCUGAGAAAAUGAACAUAAAAUUUCAAGGGAAAUUGGCAGCUGGAAUAAAAAAUUUGAAAGAUAAUAGGGACAAUCCAAAAUUAGAGGAAAUUCAAACCCCUUUGAGAAAUAACGUUCCUGGACUUUUGAGUAGAACUAAACGAAAUAUUGUACCUCCAGGAUGGUAUUCUGUAUAUGUGACAAAUAAUUGUGCUUUUAAAAAAUCACCUAAAGCAAAAAGAGUAUCUCAAUCCACACAAAAUAAAGAGCCAGUGAAAAAUGCUCGAAGUGAAAGCCCACAGAAUAUAGACCUAAACAAAAUUGCAAUGAAUUCUAAGCUUCAAGUUGUUGUGGAGCGUUUGGAAGACACAAUACAUAAGACCAAAACAUCUUGGAAUAAUCAGCCAAUACCAGAAGGGUAUAAAGCAUCCAAUAAGUUGGUAGAAAUUGAUGGGAAAUAUGAAACCACUGAGAGAAAUAUGAGUCUCACUUUAAGUAGAAUAAAUAAAGAGCAAGGCUUAUUAAAAUCUGAGGCCAAACCAAGCGGCAUUACCAAAAAUCCUUUGAUGCCUACUACGGAUUCAAAUAACAAAAGACUUGAUAAUUUGAAAAAGUCAUCUAUUUUAGAGUCAGGUAGUUUAAUUGCCAGUGUUGAAAGUGUACCAACAAAAUACAGAAGUAGUGACAGCUCUUUUUCUAACUAUUCUAGUCCUGUCAAACUUAUGUUUUUAUCUGAGAUUAAAAACAGUGAAGGAAUCAAGUAUACUUUAACUUCAGUUGGUACUUCUCAACCAAAUGUUGGUCAUCCUUCUGAAAAAAGUGCAACCCAUCGUGUAACUGGAAAAAAAAGAGAAACAAAUGGUACUCCAAAUGCCAACUCUGAAAGUUACAGUUUUAAUCAUGAUACUGACACAUUUCAUGGAGAACUGAACAAAUUUACCUGUGCAAAAGAAACUGUGGAAUCUUCCACAUUGUUUACAGAUGAUUUGAAUAAUGAUAAGCCACAAGAACCUCUGGAAAAUUCAAGCAAUGCUGUUGACUCAUCUUUUAAAAGAAAACCAGGAAGACCUAAAAAAUUAGGCCCUCAAGUUGUGAAGCAGAUUAAACGACCAAUUGGAAGACCACCAAAACGUAAAACUGAUCAAGCAGACCUCUCCAUUUGCCAAAAUGAGUCCUUUUGUGCUGGAAAGAAAAACCGAGACAUUCUUAUAUCAGAAGCAAAAGAAGGUGUUUAUAAGAGAAGUAUUAUAGUGACUGUGAUUUUCGGAAGAUCAAGAAGAACUAAAAGGCAUGUAUCUGAAGGAAAUGUAAACAGUAAUAUUACAUCUUUAAACAAUGUUGCUGAUUUUUCAGCUGAAUAUAGUGGUCUCAGAAGCCUUAGAGAAUAUGAAAUUGACUCAGAUCAAAGAAUAAAUACAGAGUCUAGCUUGACCACUGAAUGUGAGAGCUUGAGAUCUAGCUUUGACUAUGUUAGACCUGUCAGGAACAAGUCUGUGAUACUUCAGCCUUCCAAGAACAUUACACAACCAAAUCAGAAGCCUUCAGCAAUAAUUAGAAAGCCUGGUAGACCUGCAAAAGUGAAAAUAUCUGGCAUAUCUGUGACUAUUAAUAAAAUUUCUCCUCAGGAAAGAGAAGUAAGUAUUAGCAGCUGUUUACCUCCUUUAGAACAGGAAAAUACAUUAGAAAAAACUCUCUCUGAAGAAAAGUAUGAUCAACAAUGCAGUAAGGUGGAUAAAACAAGGCACACUGAAGCUGAUAUUUUAAAAAAUGGAUCAAAAAGUAUGGUUGCUACUGUACCUUUGAGACAUUCUGUCAGGGACAGAAAACGAUCUCUACACUUCUUACAUUCAUUAACGUCUUCUAGUUCACUUAUUUAUAGGAAUUCUCUGCUUCAUAAAUCAUACAAGUUGCAUUUGAGAAAAGGCAAAAGCCUAAAGAAAAAAUAUAGGCAGUCAAGAAUAGCUUCCAAAGAUACCUCAGGUCCUACCCAUCCAACGAACACAAAAAAGUGUUUGGAAGAUAACAAAUUAAAACCCAUUUCUGAAGUAUCUUUGGACCCUAUAAUAUCAUCAAACCCUUUGCUUAGAUGGUGGGCUACUUCUGCUUCAAAAGAUUCCUUAUUAGAGGAAUUAAACAAUAGAUUUGAGCAAAUAACAAAUGCUUGGGUGAAAGUGAGUGGAGAUGAAGCUGAGAAUUUUGAUCAUAAAAAAUACAUUGAAAAUGAUAAUUUUAAAAUAGAAAACCCUUUGGAAACUUGUCUUUUGGAACUUGAAGUUUCACCUGUUAAAAUGCUUUUUCAAAAAAAGUAUGAUUUGAAUGAACUUUGUACCUGGUUUAUGCAAACAACAGAAACACAGUCUCUCUCACUAGUUAGAAAAGCAAAUGCUCGAAACCCUUUGGAAGUAAUAAAUACCAAGGGAAUUAAGUUAGGGGCCAAGUAUUGUGAUUUUAGUACCAGCCCAUUCAGAAAGCACUUUAAAAAAUUUGCACUCUCUUCUCCUUCGAAAUCAGCAGGGAAAUUGCACAUACUGCAUAAAAUGGUUAGCUCUCCACUCUUAAAUGUGAAAAGUAAUUUAACACUAGCUAGGUUGAAAAGGACUGAGUUUAAGAGGUUGCACCAUGAAAGAUGGAGAAGAGAGGGAAAACUACACAACCAUGGAAGAGUUGAUUUGAACUCCAAAAGGAGGAAUUUAAGGUGUUUCUGCCAGAACCAAUUUUUAAGUAAGACUGAAGGGGAAGCAAAUGCUGAUAUUCCACUCCAUGGAAAAACCACAGGAGGUAACAAUUGUACUUUCCCACCUGCGAUCAAGGGUGACUUUUUUCAAGACAGGGUGGCAGUACCUGACUUCAAAACACAUAGUAGUGUAGAAAAUAAAUUUAAGUCAGAAGUGAAGGAGAACGGAAUAAAUUGCAGCCAAAAAGAUUUUGAAAAGGGACCAAAACUAGGAAAUGUAUAUCCAAAUAACUGGAGGUCAAAAACCUUAAAAGACUGUAGAAUAUUUUUGAGGAAGAUCAACUAUCUUGAACACAGAAAUACUUUUAAGCUAAAUACAAUCAUUUACUCUCCUGAAUCUGUUGACAGUGGAAGUAAUCUUCAUACACAUAUAGAAGGAUCAAAGUAUCUUACUUUAAGAUCUCAUUCUGCUAGGCAAAAUUCUCUUGAAAAGCAAACUAAAGAAAUAGAAAAUGGUAGAUCAAAUAAUGCUUCAACCAUUAAAUUUUCUGAUCAACUUGGCGGUAAUAAGCUAAGCAAAUGUGUAAACUUUGACAAGAAUCCUUCUGAUAGUUCUGAAGUUCUUAACAAACUGAACAAAAGAAAAAGACCACCAUGGAAGACCACAGAAUUGUCAACAAAAAGACAUAAACGGCAGUCUUGCAACAGUGGACAAAUGGCAAACUAUUUUUCAAAAUCCCAACUAGGUAAGUUUUUCUCUAAUUAAUUUUAAAGUUUCAUUGUAGGUGCCUUGAGUAAAGAAUAAGCAAAUAGAAAAGAAACAACUGGUUAAGUUUUAUUUCUAAAAUAUGAUUUCUUGGCACCUAGUAUGAAACUCGUGAACUUAGGUGCUGCUAAACGUACCAGUGCACUCCCCCUUCCCCACAAUGUGUCUAGAAUUUCAAGCACAUUAAAAAUAUGUUUAGUAAAGGCAUAGAAAGUUUUUAAAAUAUGUAUCAUUAAUAUGUUAUAUUAUCUACUCUUACAUUAACAGAUUAAUAUAAAAUCAAAAGACAGUUGGAUAAAUAUGACUGUGUAACUACAAAUUUACCAUAUUACAUGCUAAUACAUAUUUAUUCUCUUGAUAAAUGAUAACUGUGAGGCCAUGCAAGAAAGAGUAAGGGCUUUCUCACUGAUAAGGGCCAUACCAUUACAAUCAUAAGGAAUCAGUCUCCCAUUCACCAUCAUGAUGUUAUGCCAUUUGGUACUGUACUGAACCUACUUGAAGACCUUGCUUAUUUGAAAAGUGGUGUAAUGAUGUUUUUUCCAAUAAAUCAGCAAAUUUGAGUUUUUUUCCUAUCAGACAUUGAGCUCAUUUCCACAAAUAGAUAAAAAUUCUUUUUCAUAGCCUAGCAAAACAAAGAGUCACAUAUGUGUUAUUGAAAGAGCAAUGCUAAAUUGAAAAUGCACAUAAGCAUUUUAUGUGCUUCAUUCAGUUACACUGAUGUGACAUUGCAAAGAAACUGUUACAGUUUGGAAUCUAGCAAAAAUAUGAUACAGACAUUCUGAGUCCCAGGAUAGCCCUUUACAUUUCUGCUUAUUAAUGGGUGCUAGACAAUACAGGAUUUUUAGGAGUGUGAGAGGGCUUCCUGACUACUUCUGAUGAAAGAGUGCCAGGUUGCAUUUGGAAACUUAAGAAUAUUUUAUCAUAUGGCUGCAUUGUUACAUUGUAAUCUUUGGGGUGUCCUUUGAGAAGUAAUGGGUUUGGUUUUGUUACAUUUUAAAAAGGAUGUGUAGGAGCUAAAAUCAAUACCAGUUCUCAUAUUAAAAACUUAAAUGCAAUAAUUAAAUUCUAGAGCUUUAAAAGGUCACUGAUUUUUUAUGGCCCCUAAAAUUCAAUUGCUUAACUGAAUAACUUUAAAAUACCUAUUUCAGUAAUAACUAGCUUAUAAUGAUUAAAAUUUUAAAUAUUAAAGAUUAAAAAUUUAAAGACAGAGUAGAAUCUUCUUAUAAAAUAUGAAUCAAACCUAAAAGGAAUUAUCUUUGUUUUUUGGUCCUCAAUACAGCUCAACAAAUACUGUGUUAGGAAAAGAAGGUAGAAAAAUCCUGAUAAUGAUUUUUUUUUAUUUAUAACUUACCUUAAAAAUAUGUAUGUGUUUUAUGAAGAGUAAAAGUAAAGUUUCCUUCAAUUCUUUAUAUCAUGCUCAUUUCAUGUGCUUAUAGUUUAUCAAAGAAAAUUUGCAUUAAUUCAUUGUACAACAGAACCGUAUUUUAAACGUAAAAUUUAUUUUACUGUCUCUUCACUCCCACUUAAUAUGAAAUCAUCCUAGAAACGUUAAAAGGAGGCUAAUUAUUACUUUUUCAAAUUUUAAAAUCAUGUUUGGGUAUUUAAAGAAAUUUUAGUUGCAUAUGAAGAAUGUUUUUUAUCUUUGUCAUUUUAAAAAUUACUAGUGCUACUUCCUGCUCUGCUUAAAAUUUUAUUUAUCUUUUACUGAUAACUUUCCUUCUUUAUUUUUAACAUUGUUUUUUAUCAACAGACAUUAUUUUUAUAAAGUUGUUUUUAUGGCAGUAUUUGUUAUAUUUAUCUGAUUUUUAAGUGUUUCCUUAUGGUGUCAUGUUUUUUUCAUUAUUCUUAGUAUUCCAUACUUCUUUUUACCCUUUUGAAAUGACACUAAAAUUCAUUAUUAGUUUCAUAUGUGUUUUUCUUCAUAGAAUAAUUAGGACUGAAGACACAGUAAUUUUCCAGUAAAAGUGCCUAUGACAGUGUACUUACGAAUUUUGAAAUAUUGCUACUGGUGAAAAGUUUUAUUUCUACCAUGAAUGUUUUGUAAAUUUGAUACUACAGUGUACAUUUAUAUACAUGGAUAUAGUGUAAACAUUUUUAAUUUUCUAUUUAAUUAAAUUUGUACUGCUCUGUAUCAAGUGUAAAGAUGGAAAGGAGGAAGAAAAAUGCAAUUUCAUCUUAUUAUUAAUUCAACAAAUAUUUAAUGAAUUCCUGCAACGUCCUGUUGGUCACUGUGGAAGAGUCAGAAAGUUCCCUUUCCCUCUAAGUGAGAAAAGAAGACCUAUGACAUGUAUUUAUUCAAUAAAUACAGUAUAUUUUAUGUCUUACGCAGGAUAUCGUGUACUGUAAGGGAACACAGUGGUUCAAGCUAUGGUUUUUAUCCUUACAGAGCUUACCAUCUCAUGGGGAAUAGAACAGGAAUCCCAGUAGAAGAAUGAGUGUCAUAAUGAGAGGGACGUGAAUUGUGGUUACAUAGGAAAAAUGAAUUCAGAUUUAGGGAAUUAGGCAAAGUUUCCUACAUUGUCAUAAAUAAGCCAAGAGUUAAAGGGUGCUCAGAUAUUGGAAGCUGGUAGAAGAGUUUCAGGCAGAGCUAGCUGCAUAGUAGAAAGUGUGGGUGAUGAGAGAGUAAACUUGGCGCACUGAGUGGUUUAUAAAAACUGAUAUGUAAAAUAGGAUUCAUGGGUUAGCAGUGUUGGUGGUAGAAAAUGGUAAAAGAUAAAGCUACUGAGGAAAGUGUGGCCCAAAUUAUAGCAACAUCUGUUGAUGAAAAAGGUUUUAAGCCCUAGUUUUAAGAAUAAUGAAUAGAAAGAUGUGUUAAUUAAAAUCAGUAUCUUGGAGGGUAGAAAAAUGAAAGAUAACAUCCAGGUUUUACCUUGAAUGUCUGGGAACAUCAACAUUGCUGAGAUACAAGAGAACAUUCUGAGAAGAUUCAGUUCUAGUCAUAAGGGAUUGGAGAUGUCUACUAGGGUAUAUAAAAAGGACAUUUACUGUGCAGUUAGGCAAUUUAGGUCUCUUGCUAAGGAACGAGGCUUGAGCUGAGGUGCAGACUGAGGAGUUGGCAAAUAACUGAUGUCAUAAGACUGGGACAUAGUAUUUAGUGUAUGACUGAAAAAUCCUAGAAUCUCAGAGCCCCAAAGAUACAAGGAAAAGAAAAGGUGAGCACUGGAAAACUGAUGAGUGGUCAAGAGGUCAAAGAAGAAACCUUGGAGAGAGUGCUGCAGGGAAAUAUUUCAGCAAGGGAGGACAGGGCUGGGUGUGCGGCUCAGAAGGAGAGCGCUUGUGUAGCACCAUGCACGGGCCUUGGGUUGUAUCCCCAGCAUGGGGGAAGAGUGUAGAUUGUUGCUAAGAAAGUAAUGAAAAUAAGCCCUGAAAUAGUUUCACUGAAUUUAAAAUGAGGUUGUUUUCAUGAUUUGAGAGAAAGCAACUCUAGUGGACAGUAGAGCCCGAGUCUAGUUCAGUGAUAAGUGAGUACUGGAGGAAGAAGAAAGGAAAAAAAUUAGCACAGAAAACUAUAAAUGGCUAAAAGAUGAAGAGAUAGAAAAAUAGUUAAGCGUACAUUGGAAUUUAAGGUAGAUUUACAGAAAUGUUUAGAUGUCAGUGGAAAGCAGCCCUAAAGAGUAAAAGGUGAAUGUACAAAACAGAUGUCCAGCAGUGGAUAAGAGUACAGCCUCUGAGUAGAUUCCCAGGUUUAGGAUCUGGAGCAUUACGAGAUUGGUCUUGGCCCAAAGAUUCACUUUUCUCCUAACAUGAGAGUGAUGCAAAUAAUAAAUGGCAAUGCAAAUCAAUAAUUAACAGAAAACAGAGGUAGUGGGGCUCAUUUUCUGUGAAUUAAGAGGUGAUCUUAGAGUGAUAUAGUAGAAUUGGGUACCGGGUAAUGUGUAUUAGGUUUGAAAUACUUAUCUCAGAAAAUACAGGAUAGAUUAGCGGUGUGACUUUAUCUCAGGAUGUAAACUACUAGGUUUAAUAGUAUUUGGUUUCACCAUGUGGUUAUAGAAAGACAGAGAUCAAAAACAAGAAUGUAUCCUUAAUUUUGUGAAUAGUAAGAAGCUGUACGUACGGUCAGAGUUGAGCUUUAGAUAAUCUUUCCUAGUGCUACUACAAAAAGCAGAUUUGGCAGUAGUGUGUGUGAAGAAAUUGAGAUAAUAUUGGCCUAAAAUGGAGUGUGAAUGCUGAAAGUAAUAUAGACUUUUAAAUACUGUAUCAGUACUUUUUGAGUUCCCAGAGCAAUUAAACGCCCGAUUAAUAUCUGGAGAUAAACUGAUCUAAACACUAUGAGGAAAUUUUUAAGAUUAAUCAAAUAUAGACUUAAAGCACUGUUGAUUAACAGUGCUUAUCCUAAAAUACUAAAUUUUCUCAUAAAUGCACACAAUUCUGUUGACACUUUAAAGUCAGAUUCUAAAUAUGUCAGCUUCUCCUCUUUUGUAUUCUGUCCUCAAAAAUGACGGAGUAUCCAUUAUUUUCUAUUCAGAAUUCUGGCUUUUCACACAGGUUUAUAACUGAUGGGUGAUUUUUCUUGACUACCUGACCACAUAUCCUCCUUGUUCCUUCUUAUGAACAUUUUGCCACACUUUCUGAACACUGAACACAAGAUGUUCUCUUAAAUUUCUAUGGCUGAAGCAGCCUGUCGCACAGAAUGUUCUCAGACAUCAUUGAAAUUUAGAGUUCCUUAAUGUGUUUUAUUCAACAUAAUUAUAGUUUAACGAGGAAACUGAAGCACAGAGAUGAUAUUCUAAAUUUAAUUUUGGUAGAAAAACAUUUCCCGAUGAUUCACAGUCAUUUAAUCUAGAGUGCUACACAAACACUCCAGAGAGGGCUCCUAAGGAGUACUUGCCGUCCGCCCUGCCCCGCCCUAUGCUGGGUCUGCACAGGCUCUGAAACCAGUUCUGUGUCCUGCUCUUACGGAGUCACAGUGGCCCAGUGGCAUGUUAAAUUGUAUUUCCCAGACCUUUUGUGUAGCACAUAGAACGGUUUCGGUAACAUAAUUAGAAACUCUGCUUUGUAUAAUUGCCUGCUAGAGUUUCUUUAUAUUUAUUGUGCUAUCUCCAGAAAAAAAAUAAUGACUGUAAAAGUUUAAUUUAUAUACUAAAUUUGAUCCUGUUAUAUAAAUUAAGGAAUUCAAAAUUAUAAGGGCUUUGUUAACAUUCCCCAUUAACAUAACCUGUUAACCCAAAAAUUAUCAUUCUGAUCACUGUUUUAUUUUUGCUUAUUAGAGUUUUUCAUAUUAAGAAAGAGUGAGCUAUGUUAGCCAUCAGUUCUGGAAUCUUACCAUCUGCAGUACAAACCAUGAGAAAGCAUUCAACUAUGGGUAUGGGACAGUGUAAGAUCAAUGUCUUCUCAAGUUUAUAUUCUUAGUCUUAAUUUGGUCAGAAGUAGGUGAAUGAAAGAUAUUUAAAUGUAAAAAUUUAUUCAUUGACAUAUUCCUUUCUAUAUGGGCCUCAUACUGCCAAUUUGCUAGUGCCAGUGUCAUAAAUAAAAUUAAAAGUAUUCUAAUGAAAUUACGUAUUUUAAUUAAAGCCUGCUUUAUUACUGAAUUUUUUAUUCCAGUUUUUUUAGGAACUGAGUAAAAGUUUUGUUUUGAAGAAUUUGUAACUUUUGCCAAAACUUUUAAAAUAUAAAACUACUUUGAUAGUCUUUGUUCUUGAUGUAUUUUUCUUAGAAUUUUUCUUGAAUAUGCCAUAUCCCAUUGCAUUGUCAGUCAUUGCUGAGUUUCAGGGUAUUCUGUUUUGCUAAUUUCAUAGACAAUCCAUUCAGUUUAUUCAACAAAUACGAUUUUAUUGUAUUAAGAAACACAAGAAGCUUCAAAAACAUUACUUCAAGUUGUUUUUACUUUGGCAACAUAACUUGAAAGAUAAUUUGAUUUUUUCCACCAUACUAGCGACUAUAAAAAACAGAAUUAUUUUCAAAUGUAGAAUUAAUGUGAAUUGAAUGAUCUGGCUCAUGGCCUGUUUUGUAAAUAAAGUUUUAUUUGAGCACUGCAGUGCUCGUUCAUAUGCAUAGUCUAUUGUUAUAUUUGUACUGUAGAAGCUAAAUCCUAUAGCUGCAACAGAGGCCAUAAAGUUUAUAAAAUCUAAAAUAUUUACUAUGUAGCUCUUUGCAAAAAAAAGUUUGCUAUCCAGUGUACAUAUCAGAUCAAUUUUUAUUUGAUAUGGCUAGAAAAAUUUAUUGGCUGUUUAAAAAUAGAUUAAGAUCAUUCUAGCCUGCUUAUCCUCAUGCCUGAUCUGCUGUCUGUCCCAAUACAAGAGCUGUCUUCCAUGUCAUUUUGUUUUGUUACUAUGGAACAGUAAUUUUUAUCCAGUAGAGUGGUGCUGGAAGCCUUAAGUGUGAGAUUUAUUCCAUUUUGUAAAUCUUUAUUCUCUCCCUGCAGCCUCCAAAUCUGCUUUUUCUGUCUGAGGUAAGUUCAAGGGUUGUCUUCUCUUCAUUAGCUAGCUGCUGCUACCUGUUGGAAAUUGAUUUCAUUACUUUACACCUGCCUUAAGGUCUUUCUUUGUUUUUUCUUUGAUUUUCUUUGUUCUCUUUGUUUGUGUAUUUGUUUAUUUCAUUGUUUGAAAUAGGGUGUCGCAGGUGUAAUUUAUCCUCCUGCCUCAGCCUCCCAAGUAGAUGAAACUACCGGCACAUGUUAACACACUGGUCUCCUUUUCUGUCUCCUCACUUAAGAAUUAAAAAUUCCUAGUUCAGCUCUCCUGCUUACUAUUUCUUUCCUAGACAAUAAACAGUUUUCCUCAUUGUGGAUCUGAGUAUUCUGUGGUUAUCAAAACAUUAGUGAAUUUACCUGUAGGCUAAUUACCAAUAAAAAAGAGGAAGGGUAGGUGUCUAAAUGAUUUCAUCUUGUCUUUUUUUUUUUCAUUUCUUUUCUUUUUAUUUUAAACUGAAGCUUGGCUUUUUUUCCCCUUGCCCCCAGUUCUAGGCAACCUGGAAAAUUCAUGUUUCUUACUUAGUUUCUGUGAUCUACAAAGAAAACUAAAUUUUAAAAUGCUGUAUCUCUGCAUUCUGUUGAUGUAUGCUUUCAGCAGUGUUUGCUUCCUGUGUAUGAGGCAUUGUGUUGAACACAUGGAAAGGGGUGGAUGUGAUUACUGCCCUGGUGGUUUACUUGGAGAGACAGACAUGGAGUAAUUAAUUCCACAAAUCUAGUAUGUUCUCAAUUGAUAUUUGAUGUUCUGAGAAUUUAUUAUAGGGACAUUUUGAUCAAGUUAGGAAAGUGAAGAAAGACUUCUUUAGAGAAACACCCAUCAAGCUGAGCUGUAAAGAGUAAAAGGGAAUUAACUAGACAAAGUGGCAGAGAGCCAGUAGGAUAGCAAUGACUUACCAGGAGAAGCCAACUACAUAUGAAAAAAUGCUGAAGUGUGAUCUUGGCAGGUUAGAGAGGUGAUACCUGGCCUGUGUGUAUAAAAUCAAGAUAUAAAGAAGUGACAACAAACACAGUGAGAACCAGGGGGAAGUAAAGGAACAUAGCAGGUAGCCUUUACCAGUAAUGCCGAGAAGCGUGUGUGCUGUCAGUGCACUUCUACUGCACUCAAAAGAGUGGAACUGGAAGUGAUUAAGGAUGAUCCCCUGCAUCUUCAGAUUGUUCUAAAGGAUCUCUAAUUGUGGCAGAUAAAUGAAUGGGCAAGACUGAAGGCAUAGGCCUAGUGGCCUCGAUGAGAACUGCUGUACUUUCUUAGAGUAGCUCACAAACUGCAUUGUGCAUCAGAACCCCCAGAAUGGCCUGUUCCAGGAGGUCCUCUAGGUCCUCACCUAGAGUUUGACUUCCGUAGGUGUGGGGGGACCCGAGUGUUACCUAAGCUGCUGCUACAGGGACCACACCUUGAGAACCGGUGUAUAAAGUGUGGUAGCAGAUUAAUUCUUUACAAGUGUUAGUAUAAUGUUUCCCUCUCAACACUAGGUAUAUUUCACAAGUUUUGCUCUGCUAUGUUUUCGUUUGUAUUAAAUUUAAAAUAUUAUUUCUCUUGCAACUUCUGAUUUAACCUAUGGAUUAUUUGGAGUUGUGUUAAUUUCAAAAUAUCUGAUCAUUUCCCAGAUAGCUUUCUGUUACUGGUUUCUGACUUAAUUGUGGUUAUAAAAUACACAUUAUAUGAAUUGUCUUUUUUUAACUGGCUAAGAUUUAUUUUAUAUCCCAGAAUCUAUCUGAAUCUUAAUGAAUGUUCUUUGUUUUCCUCAAAAUGAUGUGCUGGCUGCAGCUGUGCAGUGAGGCGUCCGGUGAGGAGCCGGGAGCUCAGUGUGGUCAGUGACGCUGAAGUCUGUCUUGGUGCUGGGUUUCAGUGUGCUUUCAUCUGUGCAUGAAAGAAGCACUUCCAAAUCUACAGCUGUGACUGGUUUUUUCUGUUUAUCCUUUCACUUCUGUCACAUGUAACUGACAUAUAUUUUGAAACUUUCUCAUUGGGCACAUACCUAAUUACAACUCUUAUGUAUUUUUUUUAACAAGUUUUGUUUUUGUUUUUGUUUUUUUGUCUUUUUCCUUUUUAUCGGUACCGGGGAUGGAACUCACGACUGCCUGCUUGCAAGGCAGGCGCUUAUGCUGCUGAGCUAAAUCUCCAGCCCCCUCUUAUGUAUUUUUAAUGAAUUGAUUUCUUUUUUAUUGUGAAACAAACUUCUUUGUCCCUGGAAAAGUGCCUUACUCUGAAAUCUUACUUUAUCUGAUACUAUGAUAGUUAUUCCAGUUUUUCACUAGUGUUACAAUGAUGUAACUUUUCUGAUAACUUUAUUUUUAACCAGAUUUUACCUUUAUAUUUAAAAGGAGUUUCUUUUGAGUAGCAUAUAACUGAGGCUGGCUUUUUAUCUAGUCUAAUAAUCUUGGCUUUUACUAAAUCACUUAUUUAAUACUAUUUAUGCAGGUCUAUUUAAGUCAGCCAAUGUGGUUAUAUUUAAAUCAGUCUUUUCCAUUUUCUGUGUAUCCUAUUUUUUGCCUCCUUUUUCUCUUUUACUGCCUUCCUUUGGAGUAUAUUUUACUAUUCUGCUUAGUUUCUUAAUUUGCUUUCCAAAAAACAGUUUUUUUUAUGAGGUUUACACUGCACACCAUUAGUUGUCAGGAUCCACCUCCACGUAAUGCUGUGCCACUUCAUGCAUGGCUUAAAGACUUUUAAUACUGAACAUUUCUGUCUCAUUUCUCCAAAGCUUUGUGCUGUUGUCACACAUUUCAUCUACUGUAAUUAUAAACCCUUGUUGCUAUUUGUGGUUUACACAGCGGAUUAGUUCAAGUUCUGAUGCUAUAAGGCCAUACUAGAAGCUGGAUACUUUGAAAGGAACAGAUUUAUUAGGCUAGUUUUAAAGACUGAAAGCUUAAGCUUGGCCAGCUCCCUCUGUUCAGCCUGUGAUAAAGGUCCCUGUGGCUCGGUCACAGCAUGGCAGAAAGGGAAAAAGGAAACUCAGAGAGGUCAAGUGUUUGGGGGACACUUGCAGGGUAACAGAUUACUCUUGUGAGCAUUGACUGGGGUCCUAUGAGACCACAUUUAUCCCUUCCAAAGGCACCCCAGUGACCCAAAUACUAGCUCCCAAUAGGUAAGGAUUCAACCACCUUGACACGGCUACCCCAAGACCAAACUUCAGCUCAUGAGCACCUGAGGGACAUACUGAGCCAUACUCACACUAUGGCUCCCAGUCAGUUAACUUUCAAGGAGACUUUAAAACUAGGAAAAUUCUGAGUUUUUUAUGAAUUUAACGGUUGUGGUGGUCUGUAAUUUGUAGGUAUCCAGAUUUCCAUACAAAGUUAUUUCCUUUAGUAGCUUCCUUUAGGAUUCCUAUAGGACAGGUCUGCUUGUGUUUAGUUUGCCCUUGCAUGUCUGAAAGAAUCUUUGUUUUGUUUUUCUUUGUUUAUUUGUUUUGUUUUUUGAAACAGUCCAGGCUAGCCUUGAAAUCAAAGUGAUCUUCCUGCCUCAGCCUCCAAGCAUUGGGAUUACAGGAAUGUGCCACCAUGCCCAGGCUCUCUUUUGUUUUUGAAACAUAUUUUUCUUGAAUAUGGCCCCUUUUGUUUCAGUACUUUAAAGAUAUCUUGCAGCUUGCUUUGUUUCUGAAGUAAAAUUUGCCAUCAUCCUUAUAUUUGAUCUUGUAUUUGUGUGGUAUUUUUUUCCUUUGGAUGCUUUUAAGAUUUUUAUCACUGGCCAUCAGUAGUUUGAUGUUAAAGGACUUGGUAUGGUGGCCUUCAUAUUUUCUCUGCUUAGGGUUCAUUCAAUAUCUUGGAAAAGUCACCAGUACUCUAUUCAUGUUUGUUCAAAUUUUUUUUCUCUUUAUUUCACUUUGGAUAGUACUAAUCCUAUAGUUUCAUGAUCAUUAAUAAUUUCUUUUACAUUGAUAUGCAUUUGGCAAUAUCUAGGAUACUUUGCCUUUCAUAAAUGUAGUCUUUGUACCUAUAAUACUUUUCCCAUCAUGCUUAUGCUUUUUCAACUUCUUGAACUUGUAGAGUACAUUUAAAACAGGGUUUAAUCUCCAGCGCUGCAAAAUAACUACAUAGACAAAUAAACUUCAAAAAUAAAAAAGAUAGCUGCGACAUGCUCAUACACUAAUUUAAUAAUGUGUGUUAUCUCUUACAUUUGUUUUUUCUUCUCACUGUGGACAUUUUCCUACCUUUGGCAUGCUUGGUGAUUUGGGGUGGGAGACCAUGUUGUUGCAUGCCGUGUUUAAGUAUUUUAGAUGUUCUUAGCUUACUGACCAAUACUUACAUUUUUUCAAGACUUCUAGCACUGUGGGUUUUUUUUUUUUUUUUUUCAGACAGGAUCUCCCUGUGUCGUUUCUACUGAUCAUAAACUCACUGUGUAGGCCAGGCUGGCCUUGAACUUGUGGCAAUCCUCCUGUCUCAGCUUCCGAGUGCUGGGGUUACAGGUGUACACCAAAGGCCAUGGUUCUGAGAGAGCAAUGAUUUUGUUCCACAGAGGAUAUUAGUAAUGUAUGAAGACAUUAAUCGCUGUCAUAUUUAGGAAGUGCUACUGGCAUGUAGUGGGUAGAAGUAGGAAGGCUGUUUAACUCUCAGUAAUGCCCACAACAGUCCUCCACAACAAGAAUUAUCUGGCCCCACAUGUCAGUAAUAACCCACUCUCGGGCUAUUUUGGUACCACUAGGAAGGCAACUCACAGUCACUUGACGGCCCUUCUAAACAUCCCAUGUGUUUGGGAGGACUUGCCAUUCCGGCUGGUGGGGACAAAAAGGACAUCCAGUUUUACAUACUUUUUAGGGAUUUUCUAAGUGGUCCUUUUCACUGGUCUUUGCACAUCAAUGAGAAGCACUCAUGCACUGGCCAUAGGGCAGCUUUGCUUUCAGACUUGAGAGCCCUCUGGAGCCUGCAUUGCUGGCCAGCCCCUCUUGUCCACUUCUCUUCUGUACUCAGCCCCGCUAAUUUAGUCCCCUUGCAUUUCCUGACUCUCCACUGUGUCUCUGCAGCCCAGUAAUACUUCCAGGCCUCUUGGCUUUCUUCCAUAUGAUGCAGCCCAGAAACUCUGCCUGUGGACAGCCAGAACAGUUUUUAGGACUUUGAUCUUGUCCUGUCUUCAUUGUUUACUGUGCACUGCCUGCCUCAUGUCAUAAAACCAUUUCAAGCUGGCCUGGUGGUGCAGGCCUGCCGUCCCGCCUCGCUGGAUGGUGCAGCAGAAGGGUCACAUGUUUACCCCCAGCCUCAACAACUCAGCUCCUUAGCAAGACCCUGUUUCAAAACAUUAAAAAAUGCCCAAAAAAGAAAAGUAGGCUGGUUUUUUCUUUUUAAAAAAGUAACAGGGUUGCCAGAUGUGGUGGCACAUUGCUUUGAUCCCAGCACUUAAGAGGCUGAAGCAGGAAGUCAGCAUGGGUUAUAAAGUGAGUUCAAAACCAAUCUGAACUGCAUAGUGACACUCAUCUCAAAAAGGCAAAAAAAAAAAAAAAAAAAGAAUCAAUACAGCUGCUUUUACUUCAUCAUGGCCCAAAGCAGGAAUUCUAGGUUUAUUCUUUCAACAAGAAUUUGCCCUGUUUUGUUUUGAUUUUGAGAGAGAAUCUUGCUAAAUUGCCCAGGUUAGGCUUGAAUUUGGAAUCCCUUGCCUCACCCUUGCAAGGGCUAGGAUUACAGCUGUGUACCACCACUCCCAGCUGUACUCAUCUUUUUUUUAUGUACUAAGUAUUGGAGAAAAAUGCUGAACAAAAGCAAUGAGGGUCAAGCUCUUAUACCAGUGGGAGAGAAAAACUAAAUAAAAACCCUGAAACAGUGACGAGUUCUGCAUCCAUGAUGCUGGAUGGUAGGAGGAGUUUCGGGGAGUGGUGUGCACGUCACAUUUGGUUGGGGAAAUCCUUCAUGAGGAAGUAAUGCACAAACUGUGGCUGGAGUUAAGAUGUCCAGGGUAAAGCUCGCUGACCACAAAAUCUUGGGUGGAGAUUACUGCCCUUUAAAGGCAGGAAAGAAUAAGCAGCUAAUGCCUGGGAUGUCCGUGAAAAAUUCCUGCGUUUAUAGAGUAGAGUGACUUGCAGUGGAAAAGACCAAGGAAAGCCGGUGGUGAGGCAGAAGUGAGUGUGAAGAAACAAGGUAUCUGUGCUGCUCUGCUGCAACAAAUACCAGAGACAGGAUGGUUAAGCCCAAAAGUGGUUUUCUUAGUUCUGCAGGCUGGAAAGUAAAAGACCAGGGACCAGCAGUCUCGUUUCUGGUGGUGGUUCUCGUCCUGGCACGCUGAAGAGCUGCCUUCUCACUGUCCCGAGAUGGCCGAGGACACUGGUGUCUGCUGCUCCUCAGAGGACUCCAGGCCUGUCAGAUUAAAGUUCCACCCUUAGGUCUUUACCUUAAUUACCUCCUAAAGGCCCUGUCCAAAUACAGUCACAUGGGGAGUGAUAGCCCCGACAGAUAGCAGAUGGGAGGGGUGGAGGGACACAAGUCCACAGCAAAGGAAGUGGCAGCAGGAUUGAAUGAUUAAGAACUAAAGAUCAUGGAGUUUUUCACUGUGUCUGCACUGGUGAUUUCAGUAAGUGCCAUUUUCAUUGAGCUUCAGCUAGAAGCAGCCUGUAGUUUUAAGGAGUGUGAAGGUAAGGAAAAAAAAAAACAAGUGUAGGGUGACUCAUUAAUCUAGCUCUAUUAAAUUUAAAGAAGAUGGAAGGCUUGUUCAAGAUUGAGAUCUUGGGGCUGGGGAUUUAGCUCAAUGGCAUAAGCGCCUUCCUUGCAAGUGUGCGGUCAUGAGUUCGAUCCCUGGUACCGAUAAAAACGAAAAUGACAAAAAAAAAAAAAAAAGAUUGAGAUCUUGCCCUUGUUCGAACAUCAUGAUGAGGAUCCACUUGACGCUGGCCAGUCGGUUACUUAUCCCUCCAACCAUACUGACUUAAGACUUGCAAAACUUUUUACCUUAAAUGAGCAUUUGUUCUAUUUGAGAGUCUGUGGCUGGCAGUUAGGGUUUGGGUGUUGAUUCUGUCUGUGCUCCCUCACUGUCUGGGUGUUAGCUGGCUGCCAGAUGGUCAGGCGCUUCUCACCUCAACCCGGCAAGUCAGCCUAAGCAGUUUCCAGGCUUCAGCUUUUAUCACGUAUGCUGACAGCCCUCUGGCUAAAGCCCAUCACAUGGUAAAGCAGAAUAGUACAGUUAGGCCAAAGGAGGUGAAUUUUAGGGAUGAGUGAAGAACUGGAGUAAUUAGUGUGAUCAGUUUACUGCAGACGACAUGUCCAAACAAGAAAUAAAAAGUGUGACCAUCAUUCAUCUACUGCUAAGAAGGAAGAUGGGAACAGGAUCCAAAAUGCUCGCAAGUCAACUCAGGUUCUUGGGCGUCUACUACUGGUUGGUACUAAAAGUAUCAGUUGCUAAUUGCUUUACAUUUACAUUGGUAAAAUUUACUUCAUUCUUUUUUAUAAAUGUAGCUGAGUUACAUACCUGUUGGGUACUGGAAUACUUGUCAUACUACUUGAGACACAAGUCAGCUUGCUACACUAAUUUAAUACACAAGUUCAUUAAACAGCUCAGGAAAAGUGCUUCUGGCCAAGGGUCAUUUCUACAUUGCAUAGCAGUGCAAACUAUUCAUUGACUUCUGGAAAUGACUGGUUUUGUGCCCUUGAUCUAAACUGUUUUUCCAUUUAUGAUGUUUUCUUGUGAAUUCCUGAUUAUCAUGGUUUACCCUACUAGUCACAUCAGUUGCCAGGUACAUACUAAGUAUAUAUAUGGGUUUCUGUACCAAUUUUUGUAUCUUUAAAUUGAAAUUUUUUGGGGGGAUGACAUUUUUUGAGACAAAGUUUCACUAUGCAGUUUGGGCUGGGCUUGAACUCACUUUGUAGACCAGGGUAGCCUCAAACUCAUGGUGAUCUUCCUGCCUCAGCCACCCAAGUGCUAGGAUUACAGAUGUACACCACCACAUCUGUAUUUAUAUUGAAAUUUAAUGUAAAAUUUUCCUAAAACUAGCCAAAGCAAAUUACAAAUCUAGGUUUGCCAUAGUCCAUUUUGUGUAACUAACAAAAUGCCUGAAGCUGAAUAGUCUGUAAAGAAGAGAGGCUUUUACUUUGCAGUUCUGGAGGGUUGGUACCUUGAUGGCAGCACGGAUUUCUACUCAGGUGGGAGCAUACACGAGAGAGAGACACAGAGAGAAAGAGACAGAGAGAAGAAAGGAGGGAGAGAGGUAGACUGGGGAGGAGCCAACCUUGAUAACAGUAGUGAUCGGGCCUCUUUUACAACUUGCAGCGAUACAGGAUACAGCCCCACUGCACACAGGCUACUGUGCACAGUUCCACCAUUACUACUAUAUAGCAACCUGCUCUGACCAGAACACUCCUCCGAGACCCAGCCCACGUGCAGACUGGCACCAGCCCUCCCUAAGGCAGUCAUGACCCCCUGGCUACCUCUAGGCCCUGCCUCUGAGAUGUUCUGUUAAGACUGUUAAGUGGGCGUGAGCUUUUGGCACAUGCGCCCUAGGAGGCAAACCAUUUGUUUGACCAUGGCAUGAAUUCUACUCCAGGUCUAAUGGGCUUCUAAGGAUUCUUUUUCUACUCCUUCAAAUAAUCAUAAGUCAGAGAAAAAUAUAUAACCUGCUUAAUCUACUGAGUCUUCAAAUUCAGUAUCCUGAUUGUGUCUGUCUUUAAAAAUGGAGGUUAAAUCAAAUUUUUAAAAAGAAAGGAAAAAAAACUGUAAUCGCUUAGCAGUUUGCCAAGAAGAGAAAAAUUUACUCAAAUUUAAGCAUUCGUAGUCACAAAGGCAACUUUGUUUACCUGGCUAGAUCCUAAUGGCCUUUUACAUCUGACCCUCUAUAAGCCCAGAGAUUAAAAUUUAUUACAUCAUUUGUCUACACAAAUUAUUAGCUGUAUACAAAUAUGCAAACUGUCUAAAUGGUAGAUACUGCAGAAAUAGGCUCUAUAUAUAUCUGCCGUAUUUUAUUUCUAGUAAAAGCACUUGUGCCGUUCUGUGAUUGUUUUUUGUUAAUACUCCCAUAGACUCAUUUAUUGAGACUGUAUUAAAAUCCAGUCAGUGGGUCAGAAAUGUUACAUGCAUGUUAUUCUCUAUGCCAGUUAAACUGACAAAAUAAUCACAUUUAGUCUAAAGUGGCAGCUUCUAUUAUCUUUGUUCUCCAGUUAAAUCGAAGCCUAAAAAAGGUUAAGGAAUGUGUAUUUAGCUAGAUUCAGAAUCAGAACUCAGGUUUGUAAACCCUCAGCCCGUUUAUGAAAAGCUUCAUCCUUUACUGAAGGCCCAUUUCAAGUGUUACUCCUCUGGCCUCCCCAGCCUGUAAGCAUAGAUCUUUCCCUUCUCUGGAGUCCCUCGGGCCUUGCACACUCCUUUUACAUGUACUGCGUUCGUUUUUACUUGUGUAGUUUAUGAAUACCUUUGACCUGUUUGCUUAGUGCACUGCAGCCCUUGUCGACACCAGCACACACCUUCUCAGGUAGGCCUUGGUUAGAGGACUGCAGGAGGAGGGAGAGCCUGCUGGAUCCGCACCGCCACCCGUAGAACUGAAGGCUCGCUUGCCAUAGUCCAGCAAAUCAGUGACCGUUUUUCUAACUUGUUACUGGGAAUUUACCUGUCCACUUUGUGGAAGUUCCCCCUCAUCCCGUAUUGUAAACCUAAAUAAAAGAGUUUUGUAUUGUAA